GGUAUUCCGAAAUUAUUGUACGAAGAUCUCCAUAAUCCUAUUAUGAGUAUCCCAUGCAUUGUCACCAGCAUGGUUGGCAGGAAAAUCACGAAGGUUGAUGUGACAACUGCCUGCAACAUCAUCGCUGAUGUUAUUGAAAUUCUAAAGGCCCUUCAUAAAUACGGGUACAUACAUAACGAUAUUCAUCCUGGGAAUAUCGUAAAUAUUAACGAUAAAUACCGGUUAAUAGACUUUGGCUUCGCCGUUCCGCUUCCCAAGAAAAGAGAUAAUGUUCCCAGUAGUUGGCCAGAAGGCCAUAUCAUAUUCGCUUCUCAUAAUAGAGGUAAGUGUCUCGGAGCUGGAGACGACUUGGAAGCCCUCUGUUAUACAAUUGCAUUUAUGUACAAUUCGAACAAUGCAUAUUGGCACAUUGUUACCGAGGAUCCAUACCAGGCCAUUCGUAUGAAGGAAAGAAAACUCACUUAUCUGUUUGAUGGGCUUCCGCCAGUAUUUCGAGACUUUUUUGACUAUGUCUACGAUCUUGACAUCACGGUGAUACCGGACUACGAAUAUUGGCAGGGUUUAUUCCUAGAGACUAUGGAAACUUGGUGUUCUCGACCAAAAAAACACCUUCCAGAAACAUCACUAGGAAGUUCUAAUCAUAACCUUGAGUCUGAACGUUGUAUACGACGUCGAAUUGAACAACAGGCCUGGUGA